AUGUCGGCUCGGUUUGACGCGGUCCUCCGGGGGGGGGGCGACGGGUUCAUGGUCGAGUGCAUUCCCCAAGGGGCAUGCGGGACGUACGGCGGUUAUGUGUAUGGAUGCACUUGUGACGCGAUGCAAACCCAACUGGCCAGUUGGCGUCUUCGUGGAAUCUGCGGAUUGAGAUUCUCACGGGUGUUCGAACCUAAACAAAAAUGCAAUGUUGGGAGUCCCAUCAGGACAAAUCUCGCUGGCUCCGAACCGGAGAUGCUGCACAAGCACUUCCUUGCGGCUCGCGAGACACCCGGAUCACAGACCGGUUCGAUGCAGAGCAUCACCACGGCGGCCAUCCUUGGCGUCGAAAGAGGUCAUUUCACCAGACCUUUCAGACGCACGACGUCCCAGGCGCCCCUCGCUGGUGCUGAUGCCGCUGGCGACUGGUCGCCUCCGGCGGCGGUCAUCAGAUGA